AUUAGCACUAGUAUAUGUAAUUAAGGUAUAUAUUCAUUGAAACUCAGUCAAAAUUCGAUACUGAAUAGCAAAAAGUUCAUCUUAAAAAAAAAAGCGAAAAGCCAAAAUACACACAAUACAAAAUAGCAAAUGGCAACGGAGAAAUAUGGGCCAUACGGUUCUGCGUUUGAAUCCAAUUGGAGUUACGAGCUUGGAGUAUGCGAGUCGAUUAAAGAAAUUGUGAUCCGCCAUGGAUGGAUUGUUGAUGGUAUUGGCUUCGCUAAACUUGAUGCUCUUGGUGCUACUUCUUCCACUCAAUAUUUCGGCGGUUUUGGUGGAGACUUUAAGAGGAUAAUACUGAAGAGAAAUGAAUACAUAACACGAAUAAGUGGAAAACAUGGGUAUUACACUCAUCAUUCAGCAACUGAUCCAUUGAUCGCUUCCCUGACGAUACACACCAAUUUGCGGCCAACAGGAUAUGGACCAUUUGGAUCGGCAACUUCUUGUAGUAAUGUUACCCAUUUUUCUUCACCCUUCCAACUAACUGACAAUGUUGUCAAACUUUUUGGAAAAGCUACUUAUUAUCUUCUGUCCAUCGGAAUUGAAGUGACAAAGGUGGGAGUCACUAAUAACAAUGACGGCUCAGAAAUGCAUUAAUACUAAUUCAUAUACAUGGGUAUGAUGGUGCUUGGUGUGCCUUCACAAAACUGUCAGCUCCUUCAAGGCAUGUCCUUUGAUGUUUCAAAUAGUAUGACUAUCUUGUCUAUCAUAUAUCUUUAUGUGUUGUAUAUUUAAUUUUUAUGUUUAGUAUCACCUAUUGUAUUGCUAUUUGCUUUCCUAAGAUAGUUACAAUUCCAUGUUUUCUUUUGUGACUUUGACACAAUUUAGAGGUGUUCGGUAAGUGUAAUGGAAACAAAAUAGUAAGAAAAGAAAUGAAAACUCAUUAUAGUUUUCACAUAAUUGUUGAUUAUAACUUUUAAUAAUGAGCUUUCAA